AUGUCUAAGUCCAAGCUGAAUAGAAACACCAUCUCGAAAGCGGAGCAACGUGCCGAGUAUCGUACCUUCAAGACCGUGUUCUCGUACUGCAUUUUAAUCAUUGUGCUUCCCGUGCUAACAUUCUUCACCUCCAAACAUUGGCUGUUUGAUGGGCUGCUGCAGCUGUCCAGCGUAACAAGCAAUAUCUAUUCGGCGGUGAGCGCAGUAGUCGCGCUGCACGUGGCUUUGUUUCUGUUUAUAUACAAGGCCUACUUUGCGGCUAGCAACGAUACCCCCGAUACCGGCAGCAGGGAUCGUGGGGAUAAGAUCGCCCACAAGGAAGACUAG